AUGAACAAAUUUCAUGGAAUAUUUUCUCUGUGUACUGCUUGCAAGACUCUAAAGACUCUUGCAGUUUUCAUGCCGCUUUUCUUGUCUACAACAUUUUCCGCUGACAGCACAGGCCAAAAGGCGCAUUUUCAAGUUGAGGAUAAAUCUGGGGAUUUAAAAAUCUCAGCAACAAAAGAUCUUGCGAAAGUGACAGCACAAGCGGACUCGGUCCAAGUUGUUGUCAAACCAGGCACGGCUGAUUACCCAGUUCUCAAGUCAGACAAACCAAUCGUACACGUAACACAACCCGGAUGGCACACCAUAAGUUUUAAAAAAUCUGCUAUCCUCAAAACAAAAAACGGCAAAACCAGGAGAAAUUGGAAGAAGAGGAUAUCUCAUUCAAAAAGCUUACAUUGGUUGAAACUGAGAAACAGAAGGAGAAAGAUGUUUAAAAAGAAUGGCUCUUCUCUUCUACGUUUAAAAAAGAAGAAGAUCUUUUCUGGAAGUCAUCAGAAGGAUCUAACAGGAAAUAAAAAAUCAGAAGUGAAAUACAGUGGAUUUCACGUGGCUGGAAAUGCCGGAAAACUUAAAAUGCAUGUGACUAAAGACGAAACAACACUAAGCAGCGAAUCAGGGGGAGUCGACAUAUCUUUGAAUAAACCUUCCUCCCCAUCAUCAUCGUCAUCGUCUUCAUCAAACCAGAGAAGUUUCAAAGCGCAGUCCCAGCAAUUUACAGGGGAGACUAGUAACAAGACCAUUCACUUUGCCUCUGAAAUUGAAAACAAUAUGUUCUUUAUCGGCUUGAGAAAAUCUGUUGUAACCGGACUCAAAGAUCAAGAACCAGAAUGGGACUAA